AUGUCGAAUGAGGAAGUCUUCCGUAUCACUAACGUCAGCGGGUACUCGGUGGAAAUCCCGCUGGCGACGGCGAAGGAGCUGCUGGGUAUGCUAGAUAUGGACCAGGUAUUCCGCGCGGCACGGGCUGGUGCUGAUGACACAGACGAGUCGGCGGACGCGGACGACUACGACGCGGAGCCACUGAAGGCAGAGGGAAUGGAGUACAGCAAGGAAGUGCUCGACGUUGUUCGCUCGUACGCAUUGCUCCCCUCCGAUGAGCGCACAAACAACAUCCCGCGUCCCCUCACGCAGGACCUGCGGAGCGUAGUGCACGCGGGAGAGAUGGAACUGGUAGAGAAGGCGGAGAGAGAGGACUACCUCGUCGACCUGCUCAAUUGCGCGCUGUUUCUGCGCUUCUCUCAACUGUCCGCGCUGUGCGCCGCCUACAUCGCUGUCCGCAUUGACGAGAUCGCGAAGGCGGCACCGGACAUCAUGGAGGGCGCUGAGCGCAUUCGCAAAUUCCUGCACAUGCAGAACGAGUGGACCGAGGAAGAAAUGGGCCACCUGCGGCGCGAGAUGGAGUACGCCAAGUCGGUGGACCCCAACGUGUACUGA